UGGGAGCAGUUUGAGCCUGCCCGUCACCACCCUCUACACACAGAGCCGCAGCUCAUGACAAGAGCAUGGUCCCCUGCUCCACAUGACGUCACAAGCCUCCCUAGCAGGACUGCGUGCAGCCAGAGAGCAGGUGUUAGCGGUGCAGCCAGGAGCGAGGCAGGAAUAAGAGCUGCAGAGACGCACCUGCUGCAGGAGGAGAGUCCCUUACCCCCUGAGACUGAACUGGACCAGCACAGACAUAAAGCACAAUGCACAUGGGCACCAGCCGCUCUCCAGACUGACAGAGAAACCGGCCGAGAAGCUCUUCAGGAAGGCUGAAAAGGGAGACGAAGCAGAAAGGCAGGCAAAAAUACCGGACCUUGUAUCUGUAUUUAUUUUUGUACAGCAAAGGAUUUGUGCAUGUCAAGGUAACCCCGGGACCAUGUUGAUGCAGUGGAAAUCAAUCUGCAAAGGGCUGAUCCUGGGCACCCUGCUAACCAGCUGUAUGAUCCUGCUCUACUCCUACGUGACACCUGCUGUUCGGUUAAACGUGCAAGAGGUUCCAGUCCCCUACUCCUGCGCUUACCGUCCAGCUCACGCUCGCAGCUUUCCUGCCUCUAAUGCCUCCCAGGGUGGGGCUUGCACGCCGAAGGUAGACGUCAUGUUCAUGAAGACCCACAAGACGGCUAGCAGCACCAUCCUGAACAUCCUCUUCCGAUUCGGAGAGAAGCAUCGGCUCAAGUUUGCGUUCCCCGAGAGCCGAAACGACUUCUUCUACCCCUCGCUCUUCCAGCGCACCCAGGUCAAAGACUACCGGCCAGGGAUGUGCUUCAACAUCAUCUGUAACCACAUGCGAUUCAAUGAGCCAGAGGUCCGCAAGCUUCUGCCUUCCGACACCGUCUACUUCUCAAUCCUCCGGCACCCGGCUGACCUCUUCGAGUCUUCCUUCCACUACUUUGGAGGCGUGGUCCCCUUGACCUGGAAGAUCUCGGCCGAGGACAAGAUGACGGAGUUCCUGCGUGACCCGUGGCAUUACUAUGACCCAGAGGGCUUCAACUCCUUCUACCUCAAGAACCUGCUCUUCUUCGAUUUUGGGUAUGACAACAAUCUCAAUCCGGAUGACCCUCGGGUGGAUGAGAGCAUCCAGGCGAUGGAGAAGCGCUUCCUCCUGGUCAUGCUGCUGGAGCACAUCGAUGAGUCCCUGAUCCUGCUCAAGGAGGCCCUCUGCUGGGAGAUGGAAGACCUGCUCUACUUCAAGCUUAACGCCCGUAAGGACUCAAUGGUGUCCAGGCUGAGUCUUGAGCUGCGCAGCCAGGCCACCGACUGGAAUAUGAUCGACUGGAAGCUCUACCGCCAUUUCAAUGCCACUUUCUGGAGGAAAGUGGAAGCGUACGGGCGGGAGCGCAUGGCCCGGGAUGUGGAGGAGCUGCAGCGGAGGAACGCUGAGAUGGCAGCGGUCUGUAUCGAGGGGGGGCAGCCUGUGGAGGCAGGAAGGAUCCAGGAGUUGGCCAUGCAACCCUGGCAGCCCAUUGGCGAGAAGUCCAUCCUGGGCUACAACCUCAAGAAGAACAUUGACAAGAAGCACAGAAAACUCUGCCGGAAAAUGCUGACCCCAGAGAUCCAGUAUCUAACAGAUCUUGGGGUCAAUCUGUGGAUAACCAAACUCUGGGCCCACGUAAGGGAAUUACUUAACUGGUAGAGUUACGAACAUUAUCAAUCAGAAAAAAUACAUUUCAGAUCCUAUCACAUUAUUUAUUUGGAUGAACUUCUGCUGUGGAGGCAGUGAUAACAGUUGUAGGGGACUGUAGUCCUGUUUGUAAAAGCACUUUAAGUGGUAAGCACAAAACAGAGAUUUCAAGGUGCACCAAUGUUUAACUCUUCAGACGGAAGGUUGUGCAACAAGCGGGAUACUGCUGUAGAACCCAUCAGCCUAUUGAUAGUGUUGUUCUAUUUUAUUUGAUAUUAUAGAGGGGCAGGAAUGAGAGGUAGAACAAGUUUAGGAGUGCCGCUAGACAUGUAGAGGAGGAUUUUAAGGCAGCUAUCUUUGCCCAUUUGUGCUAGCUGUGUAGGGAGUUGAGCAGGGUUGCCUGCUAUUUCAGCUGCACACCGGCACAAGUUGUAGACCCAGCUUGAACAAGGGUGCACGUACAGCACUGCCUUAUGACAAAGUGAAGUAGAAAAACGUGCCUGAAAUUAACAAACUGGGUUAUUUAAUUUAUUUAGAUCAACAAAUAUUUUUUGGCUUUCAAAAAAAAAAAAAGAUUAUCAAAAAGAAGUCAAAGUAAAUGUGGGGCAAUAUUUAUUUUAAUUAGAACAUCAUCAGCGAUUCAAGUCAAAUACAUAUUUCAUGUAAAUACAACUUGGCUUGUUUUUCAGUGAAAAAAACUAUUGAAACAAUUCUGAUUUUUAAAUGCUGUUUUUAGCAAUUAUAGAUAUUUUACUAUUGGGAAUUUGUAGACUAAGGAGCACAUAGACACUGGUAUUAACAAUAUAGGAAGGAGGAUAAUAUGAGACAAAAGAUUUAUUUAUUUUUUUUAAAUAAUUUUGCUAAUGAAAAAAUUCUGAAUAAGUUUAAUAUCUAAUAAGUGGUUACUGUACUGUUUACUAUGUUGAUAUUUUUUACUUUAUUCAAAGCUGUCUUUAAUCAUUAUUAAGGACACUGACUUUGGAAAGCCAGGCUGUGAAAUAUGACUGAACUCCAUCAUUGGAAUAUACUGACCCCAGUAUGUUCUCACUGUGUCGUUUCUAUGUGAACAUUAGGGGCUUCUCUGGGCACUCAAAGUUAUGCAAAGUCAUGUUAUUUCAUUUAUGUGUUAUACGCUACUGAGUAUAACUAAUUCUAAUGAUCUCAGAUUAUUUUCUUCAGCAUGCAGGCUAAACAGCUCCAAAUACAAAAUGUACAGUACCAGCACUUACCACACAAUCCAGGUGACCGGGCCUCAGAACAAAUGAACCUCAUCUUAACCCUUUCGGACCUCAAGGUCUCUUAGCACUGUAUGUUAACAUAGGCUGUCAGAAAUCACAUUGGAACCCCCCUGGUCCCAGUCUGAGGUAGUGUAGAAACAGUGUUUCAUUGUACAGUCAAUAAAGGAGUUCCUUUUUAAAGAAUAUAACUUAAUUUCGACAAAAGAUAAUUCAGGACUGAAAGGGUUAAUGCCUGUUUUCUGUAAUAACAUUUGCUCUAUAAAACCAAAAAAUGUAGCAUCUAAGAAACUUACCAUUUUUGUGGUAACGAACAAUUUAGCUUGUUGUCUGAUUUGCUGUGCAUAGUUUUUUUUUUUUUAAUUUAAUUAGAACAAUUGCCGACAAGUGGAGAUCUAAAAUGUCAGGUUUGAUGGGAGUAGCUUCUCUCAGUCCACUGUACAGCUUUACAGACAUGCAUCUCGUUUCAAGUGGGGUCCACCUGUUCCUUCUAGGUGGAUCCGAGACUCGUGGGGUCCAGAGACUCACCCCAAGGUCACAUUGUAACCAAGUGGCUAACACAGGUGAUUUGAAUCCAGGUUCCCCUAUACCUGGCUCCCAGUCCACACACCAUACCAGUUGGUUACAUUUUAUCUCUUGACAUUUCUGCCACUUGUCUUUAUUUCAGAAAUUAUUGCUAUGUCCAGAAUUAUGAAAGCAGUUCAUUUUUUGGUUUUCUUGUACAAUAAAUGACUGAAGAAUUCAA